GUCGUUGAGAGCAUCAAGUCAUGAUGAUCGCAACCAAGUAGGCAACUGUCAUAAGCAGUUUCUCGGAGAAACUUACUUUCAUCUGCAAUUCCAAUCACCCGGCGUUCGUCAAUUUUAUGCUGGAUACACCACCAGUUCGGUGGCACCUGCCGUGGCGCAGCACAAGGCUGACGCACCUGCGCCAUGACGCCGCGCAUAAACUCUGCUGAAGGCGCUCACUAGGCAAACCAGGUAUUAGCGGAUUUGGUCAUCGGUGUACAAAAUUCCCUUCAUUCAUUGAUAAUAAGAAGUUACUCAGGAAGUUUCGCGCGUCUUCGAUGAUGACAUCAGCAGAUGUAUGAUCACGUGAGUAACAACUCUAUCUUAUCAUCACAUGAUCCGGGCGCAUCACGUUUAUCGCGUCCUUGAUGUGCUUGGUCAUUUCUCAUCUCGCAUCAACUCACAGAUCCCCGUCGCAGACCUGUCGCUCAUAUCACAAUGGCUGAGACGACAAACGAGACAGCUGCAGCUGCAGCUGCAGACCCUCAACCCCCGGUUGUCACCUUCAAAAAGCGUGGCGCAAAGGCCAGUCAGAACAUCCGCAAAAGACCAGCACCGCCUCCCGUAUCGCAAGACGACGAUUCUUCCGACUUUUCCUCCUCUGAAGACGAAUCCGGUCACAGGAUAAAGCGCAGAAAGAACAAGGGUGCUGGAGUCGUAUCUGCUUCAUCCGCCACUACCAAGCCUGUCGAUCGGGAACCUGCGACCACCGCCACCGGUGAUGGCAAAGUCCAGCUUGCGGAUACAAACGACGCCACAAAGCAUGUCGACUGGUUCGACGAGGAUUCUAAGGAUGCGCGUUCGUCUAAGGCUCAAGCUAUCUCGAGUGAGCCGCAGAUGCCGGACGGCACAUAUAAGGGACUGGCAAACCAGACGUCAUUCAUCAAGAAGAAUCCGAAUGCGCCAAACAGAUCAUUUGGACCGAUCAAGGCGGCGACCAAUAUCCGUACCAUAACGGUGACAGAUUACUCUCCGGAUGUGUGCAAGGAUUACAAGCAGACUGGGUUCUGUGGUUUCGGUGAUAAUUGGUAAGUGUCUUACCCUCAACAGACAUAUUUGCCACCUGAUAGGGGGUACUCUCUUUUUUUGGAAACAUAUGCUAACAAUUCGUGUAUAGUAAAUUCCUUCACGAUCGAAGCGACUACAAACAAGGAUGGGAACUUGAUCGAGAAUGGGAGACCGUCACCAAGGGCAAACAAUUGAAGGGAACAGUGGUCGCGAGUGCCGACCGGACAACGACG